CUCAAGAGGUAAGAGGGCUGUACUCCACCUGAGCAUGUUUCUUAGGUUGUAGCUGCAGUCAGUAUUAUUAUCACUUCACACUUAUUCUCCCAUUAUAAGGCGCAGAUUGCCACACGCGUUGAACAUCAUCAUACGCCAGCUUACGUGUGCAGCCUGCAGACUCCAGUGAGACAAACCUUCGCAGUCAGCAGCGAGGCCUUUUAGCCCUUCCUUGGUUGGAACAUAUUGGUGGACUAUGGAGACUAGUAGCACACACCUGGGCUGCAGGAGGCGUAGCCGGUUACAAGCAGAUUCGGACGUCGAUAGUACUUUGUGAGACCUAUCCUAUAUUUUCUUUCAAACCUGUUUAUUCAUCUGAGUCACAAGGCGCAGCCAAUGCUCAUAGUAUAUUAUCGCGUUGCAAAGUUCUCACCGAAUUAUGCUGGCUUUACAUGUCCAGAGUGCGGCUGUCGCCGUAUCCGCUACUUUCUUCUUCAUUGUGCUUCUCUAUGUUAUAUUCCUGGAGUCAUUUGCUCGAAGAAGACUCCCAAAAGGCCUUCCAACUGUAGGGUUCGGAAGUGGACCGUUCUUCGCGUCCCGAGCAUCCAUAAGCCAGCUACUUGUGACAUUGAAUACCGUAGACCAGGGUUACAGACAGUAUGGAGCCAGACAACAUGCAUUCGUAAUCCCAACCCCAAGCUUUCGCCCGCUAGUCUUGCUCCCACAGCAGUAUGUUCAAUGGCUCGCUCGGCAGCCCGAAAGCAUACUGGAUCACGAGCCUGUGAACUAUGAUAGGCAGAGUGUCAAAUACUUUCCUUUUUCAUUUGAUUUUAAAAAGCUUCAGAUCGCCAUGAAGAUGAGCCUUACCAAGGGGCUUAAUCUGACGCUCGACGCAUCACAACCACAUAUGUAUAAGUGCAUCCAAGAUGCUAUCGAUUCAGGCUUGGGUACCGAUGCAGAAGGGUGCUGGAAAGAAGUACGGCUCAUCCAAAGAGUCCGAGAAAUUGCCGAUAAUGCCGUUAUUAGUGUGUUUUUAGGAUCGGAGUUGAGUAACGACAAAGCAUUUCGGCGCCUCCUACAUCAUUUCUAUUAUGGCCUAGGGAUACUCCUUGAAUUUGUUGGACUCUUUCCAGUGGGACUACUGAGGUUGAUUGUUGCGAAUUCUCUUUACCUAUACCUCAUGGCCGUUAAGAAGAUAUGUAUAACCUACUAUCUCAGAUCAGUAAUAUCCAAGCGAAUCGCCCAGCUUGAUUCCAGAGCCAACGACGUCGAUGAGUCUUCUGAUUUUGUGGUUCAGUGUAUCCGAACUGUCAGGAAGCUCGAAUUCCCUCUUGGCAGGGACGAGGCCACUUUCAUAUCCGAAUUACUAAUGUUUUUGGUGGCAGUGGGAGGUCUCUCAAUAAACUCGACGCUUGUAGCCUGUGCCGUACACAUUUUUGGUCAUGAAGGGCAACAACAAAAUAUAUACUCGGUUCUACGUCAAGAAGCUGAGUCGAUAUUCAAGUCUGAUGCGGACUGGACGUCGCCAAACUCACUGGAAUGUUUAGUCAACAUCGACAGUUGCGUGCGCGAAACCGGCCGUCUCAAUCCCACAUUGGCAUUUGUCCUUACGAAGCAAGUCAUUCCUAAAGAUGGCAUUAUGCUCCCUGAUGGUUCCCACGUACCCCAUGGUACCUGGGUCGGUGUACCUGCAGAGGCAAUCCACACAGAUGAUUCAAUAUACCCAGAUGCGCAUACGUUUGAUGCUCUACGGUUUGCGAACAUGAGAGUGGAAGGUAAACCCAACAGGAGCUUGGAGUCAUCAGAGCCCAACGAUACCUACUUUUUCUUUAGUUAUGGUCGAGCCGCAUGUCGUGGGCGUUGGUUCGCUACACGAGUAAUAAAGCUCUUCCUGGCCUAUCUGAUACUUCACUAUGACAUCAAGCCCUUGCAGGGUGAUAUAAAGAAGUACGAGAUAGCUGAUACACAGUUCUAUGACUCAACAGCUGAGAUGGUAGUACGUAAACGAAAGUUGAAUUGACUGCAGUGGAAUGACUAGGCGCAUACGAUGAGGUUCUACCUACCUGUGGAGAUCUACGUGGGGAUACAUGCUCAGGAGAGGAAUUAAUCAUUUCAGUUCCCAAACAAUAAUAGUUCUUCAAGUUAUUUUAACGGCCUAGAUAACUCUCAUUUAUACACAAAGGCUUCCUUAUAGCACAAAUACAAAU